GCCUUUGGUCACUGAUUGUAAUCAAUCAAUCCCAGAAUAAGGCAGAGGGGAGGGGGGGAGAGAGACGGGAGCGUGUCAGCCAGAGAAAGAGAGAGAGAGAAAGAGAGAGAGAGGAGUCAGAGGAGCCAGAGAGACAACUGAAGAUCAGCCAGCAGGGAAAUCUUAUGCUUUCUACAGAGAAAACCAUCAGAGAUCAGCAUCCAGCUCACCAUGGACUUGAAUAGGCUCUUACUGUGUUAAUGAACACAUCUCCGGGGCUCGUAGUUGGUGGACGCAUGAUGCUCGUUCGCCCCUGCUGUUCCCACACGCUGUGAAUUGCUCAUGUCUAUAAGAAGGAAGGAUGGCUCAUGGUAUUCCCUCGCAGGGCAAAGUAACAGUGACGGUGGACGAAUACAGUUCCAACCCCACCCAGGCAUUUACGCAUUACAACAUUAACCAAAGCAGAUUCCAGCCCCCUCACGUUCACAUGGUAGACCCCAUCCCUUAUGACACUCCCAAACCAGCCGGCCACACGCGUUUCGUCUGCGUAUCUGACACACACUCCAGGACAGAUGGCAUCCAGAUGCCAUAUGGGGACAUUCUGCUGCAUACGGGUGAUUUCACCGAGCUGGGCCUGCCUUCAGAGGUUAAGAAGUUUAAUGACUGGUUAGGAACCUUACCCUACGAAUAUAAGAUAGUGAUUGCAGGGAAUCAUGAACUGACUUUUGAUAAAGAAUUCAUGGCGGAUCUUGUUAAACAGGAUUACUACCGCUUCCCCUCGGUUUCCAAAUUGAAACCUGAAGACUUUGAUAAUGUGCAAUCACUCAUCACUAACAGUAUUUACCUGCAAGAUUCAGAGGUCACUGUGAAAGGAUUCAGAAUAUACGGUGCACCGUGGACACCAUGGUUUAACGGAUGGGGAUUUAAUCUUCCCAGAGGCCAAUCUUUACUUGACAAGUGGAACCUUAUCCCAGAGGGCAUCGACAUCCUAAUGACUCAUGGACCUCCCCUUGGUUUCCGGGACUGGGUUCCGAAGGAGUUGCAAAGGGUUGGGUGCGUAGAACUUCUCAAUACGGUGCAAAGGAGGGUCAGGCCCAAGUUGCAUGUCUUUGGUGGAAUCCAUGAAGGUUACGGAAUUAUGACUGAUGGUUACACAACUUACAUCAAUGCAUCAACGUGUACAGUCAGCUUUCAACCAACCAAUCCUCCAAUUAUUUUUGACCUUCCUAAUCCCCAAGGAUCAUGAAGACCCUGAACACAUCUGUAUCCGUGGGUCUAUAAACUGCCUUUUUUUUUUUUUUUUUUUUCGUUUUAAUAAUAACUGUCUUGCUCUUUUUAUCUAUUUCCAAGUUUUGGAUUUGCGCUCUGUUUGAACUGGUACAAAGAAAACAAACCAUACCUUUAAAAAGGAAAGAAAAAGUUAAUGCUUUUAAAAACAUCUUUUAAUUUAUCUGUUUCUCUUGUGUCCUAAGAAAGCUAUUGUAAAAUGUACAUAUCCCAGGAGGGUCGGUUCAUAACAUUAUUAUAAAAAAAUUGUAAAAAGUUAACAAAAAAAAAAAGUAAGCUAUUCAUUUUGUAAACCACCGGGAUUUGCACAACGUUAUAUUAUUUGAAUUGUAUCUGUAUUUUUUUUUUCUUUUUUACCAUUAUUGAAUUGUGUGCUUUUUCUAUCACCACAAAGUCUUUCCAGUGCUUUUAUGUCCAUUUUAUUUUUAUAAUUUUUGUUUUUAUUAUUUUUUUUUAGCUCUGAUGACUUUUUUUUUUUUGUAUGCAUAAUUCAGUCCAUGACCUGUUGUUGUCUCGGUUUGUUGUUUUAUUUGUAUUUUUUUGCCUGUAUUUUUUAUUAAAUUAUUUUUAUUAUGUAUGGGGCUGAAACACCUGUAAAGACCAGGUAUUGCCGUACAUUAAAACAUGUAAAUGCAGACUCCUUUUAAAUAUGGAUUUAUAUACAUAUAUAUAUAUAAGUAUUUUUUGUGUGUUAUAACAAAAUGUGGGAUUUAUUAUUGGCUGUAUAGGCAAAUGCAAAAAUAAAAACGGAAAAUGCUGCACGCAGCACACCUGAAUUAUGAAGGAUGUGUUAUAUGUGCAAGUAUCCUCACCUUCUGAGAAGAAGCGGGAUUUCUGUGCGGUCGUAGGCAUGUGAAGAAUGAAAUGAAUACAAUCAAGACAAGAAGGGCUGUGUUGCUCUUUUAUAAGCAUUCUUGAAUCCCUCUACCCCUCUCCCAUGUCCAUUUUUUUUUAUUAUUUUGCACUGUGUGUAAAUGCAAUCUUGCUAGCACAAAAAUACUGUUGCAAAUAGUCCCCCUUUUCUCCUUUAACCUUUGUAAAUGCUUUUUCAAGGCU